AUGGGGAUGGAGCAAGUUUUGACACCGGUGAAGGAGUUUUCGAUGUCGGAGCAAGCUUCCGUAGAAAUCUACGAUCAGUUAGCUGAUUUGGGAACCAAGAUUCGCGAAUCCGAGAAUCGCACAAGUGAGAAAUUCGCGGAGCGUGAUUACGAGUUGAAAGAGAUUCAUCGCAAGCUUGAUUUCUUGAUCGGUUUUGGUCCUGCGACGGAGACAGUAUCUUUCUAUCCUCCGGAACCUUGCCUUAGUCAAAUUAGGCAUGGGCUUAGGGAGAAUUUAUUCCGCAACGUGGAAAUGGCUAUAUUCGAAGGAGUUGGAAUAUAUGGUUGGAUUGCUUGGGUUGAAAGAUUUUUCAGAAUGGGAGGUUACAACGAAGCAGAGAAGCUGGCUUUUGUAUCAGUAAGCUUACAAGGAGAAGCUCGGAGCUGGUUUAAUUGGGAAGCUAAAAGAAGACAAUUUGAGAAUUGGGCACAGUUUAAAGCUGCUCUGAUGUUACGGUUUGGCAAUCUGAAGAUUCGAGGACCGAGUCAAAGCUUGUUUUGUAUCAAACAAGCAGGUUCGAUUUCAGAUUAUGUGCAGAGGUUUGAAGAUCUAUCCUCACAAGUAACAGGUCUAGAUGAUCAGAAAUUGGAGGGUAUCUUUCUGAACGUAUUGACGAGGGAAAUGCAAGAAUUGGUUCAUAUGCAGAAGCCUCGAGAUCUCCCUGAAAUGAUAGCGGAAGCAAGAGCUAUGGAAGAUAGUUUCAUGAGCAGGGUGGUUCAGCGAGAGUUACAGAUAGUUGACAAGGAGCUUAAGGAUUCAAAUGCGUCGGAUUACAAGAGUAACUACAGUCACUUCAAUAAUACUUGGAAGUCAAAGAUGAUAACUACCGACGUAGCACAAGGACAGGACAGACAAGAGCUUAGGGUUCUCACAAUAUUAAAUGGUUAUGAAGUGGAAGUAUUGGAGGAUAACAAAGUGGAUACAAGGACAAUGUGCAUCACAGAGUCAGUGGGAGAAUGCAUGACCUUAUCAUUCGCCUCAUACAGAGGAAUCUCGUCUCCUUCAACAACUAAAUCAAGAGGUACAGUGGGUACAUCGGAUGUGAUCAUCAUGUUGGACAGUGGUGCUACUCACAACUAUAUUUCACCUGCGGUAGUCCAAAAGCUCAAACUGAAGUGUAGAGAAGACCCUAAUCUGACAGUUAAGCUGGGAACAGGCAUAUUGGUUCAAGGGUUAGGAGUGUGUGAGAAGAUAGUUACGAUCAGAGGAGAAUCUGAGUUGGAGAUCUCUAAGAUGUCUCUGAAAUCUCUAUCGAGUGGUUAUACAGUGAACACGAAAGGAGUGCAAGUUGCUCUGUAUAGUCAGCAAGUAGUUCAGAUAACACAACCGGUGGAAGGCGCUAUACAGGAGGUAUUAGCAAGGUUCGAUAUGGUGUUUGAUAUUCCAACAGAUUUGCCCCCGAUUAGAGGCAGGGAACAUGCGAUAAACCUUUUGCCUGGGAAUAACGCAAUCAGUGUCAGACCAUACCGAUAUCCUCAUGCGCAGAAAGAGAUAAUGGAGAAAAUGGUGAAAGAGAUGCUAGACUCUGGAAUUAUACGACCAAGCCAAAGCCCUUUCUCAAGUCCUGUUUUGUUGGUUAAGAAAAAAGAUGGAAGUUGGAGAUUUUGUGUUGAUUACAGAGCAUUAAACCGAGUCACAGUGCCUGAUAAAUUUCCUAUUCCCAUGAUUGAUCAGCUAUUGGAUGAGUUAAACGGUGCUGUAAUAUUUUCCAAGUUAGACCUUAGAGCUGGUUAUCACCAAAUCAGGAUGAAGGAAGAGGAUGUAGCAAAGACAGCAUUCAGGACUCAUGACGGGCAUUAUGAAUUUUGA